CUUUCAUGCAAUUCGUGUCAUUGUUGUCUGGCAAGGUACGAUGGUCUGGAAGCCCGGCAGAUGUCAAAGUCACAAAACAGAAGCCCUUUGUUUGAUGUUGAACUGUAUCUCACCGUGUACAAAUCCUUGUCUCAACUUCAUUAAAUAUUAUUCAUCGUGGUUGCAUUCACGUUUCGCCUAUCCCUAUAUUGGACGAUCACUUCAUUAUACGAAAAUACAAUCGAAAAUACAAUCAUAUAUCUUGAUAGACUAUGGUCUCGCAGUUCGCAUGAUUACCAACAGCCAGUGCACAUUCUCAUAUCUUUUGUUUCUCUAGUGAAUUCUAAAUGAUGGUGCAAGACACAUUCGAGAGUGGCGUCCUGACCAAGAGAAAAUGUCCAUCGCCAUCGUCAGGAACAUCGACACCACUCUCUCUCAUUGAAAAGAUCAAACAGAGUAUCGCAUUGGAAAAGAAUUUUUUCUCGUUGGAAUUUUUCCCACCAAGGACGCCUGCAGGGGCUGCAAACUUAAUCGGAAAGCUAGAAAAGUAGAGUAUAAUAUUUUAUUUGUUACAUAGCUUCGCGAUGUAUUUCGUUCGAAUAACAGCUGCACUGUACAACAAGAAGUUCAACGAAAUUAAUUCCUCAGGCCUACCCCCAGGAUAAAAGAUUUGUAAAAUACUAGAAAAAAUUGGAAAAUGUCCCCUUUUCUCAGAAAGUAUACUGCUUGUAUAUGUUGUUUAACUGAAUGAACAAACAGCAAUAUUUUAUCCAGAUUUGUUUGAUAUUAAUAUUAAUUGAAUUAGAAAGUCGCGAAAUUCGCUAAACUAUAAGCUCGUCGCAAAAGGUUUUGGGAAUUAGAAGCGCGACAGAGAGAAAUUUAAAUCGAUUUGUCGUGACCCAUGGUCUUUACAAAAUAAUGCACGCGUAAUUGGUUCGUACUGCUUCUGAGAGAGCUGUGAUUGGCUUAAGGAAUUGCGUCACUGAAAUGUUAUCCUGGCAUCUAUUCUAUAUGGUAAUUGAUCAUGGUGCCCAAGUACCUCGCCGUGCACAAACCCUUGGUCUCAACUUCAUUAAAUAUUAUUCACCGUGGUUGCACAUUUCAUCUCAGCUAUCCCUAUUGGACGGUUACUUAAUUAUACGAAAAUACAAUAAGCUCAAUCACCGUCACCGUGCAUCAGACAAAAACAUGCAGUAACACAAUGACUGCUGUUUAGUUUCCAGACCAGUUUGGUUUGUUUUGCGACUUUAUUUAAAGAUGGUAACACUUUGGCAGUAAUAUAAGUAAAACUGAUAAACCAUCAUAUUUUGAUAGACUAUAUGGUCUAUUGAAGUACCAUUCUUCAAAGCCUAGUUUAUGGGUUACUGGUUCUCUAACUUCUCAAAUUUAUUUAAACGACAUAUUUUUAAAAAGUGAGGUUUCCUGGUUAAAAAAACCCCAUUGUAACCUUACUCUCCUUCGAUAACAGUGGCGUGUCCAAAUUAAAGGCAGUACCGAGGCCUGGAUUAUAGGAAAAAGGCUAUAGAGAUGAAAUUAUUGUUUAUUUUGCUAGAUUUUCAUCAGGCUCCCCAUUGUUUUGUGACAUCACGUGGCAUGCUGCAGGUGACCCAGGCGGAGACAACGAGACAAGUUCUAUGCAUAUUGCUGGUGCAGCCUUGAAUUACUGUGGAGUGGAAAUUAUGUUGCAUAUUACAUGUGCAAAUGAAACCAAAGAAACUAUUACCAGACAUUUAUACAAAGCGAAAUCUAUGGGCAUAAGAAACAUUCUUGCAUUGAGAGGCGGUAAGGGUGUUUACAAUGCGUCGAUUUAUACUACACACGAUGAUUUUACAAAUUUUAGAUGUCUAUACAAUUAUGAAUCAGAACGCCGAGACGAUAAAUUUCACGUGUAAAAACUAUCCCCUUUACACUAUUUCUAUUUUGCGUACCUAUGAAAAUAUCUAGAUUAAUUUUGUAGAAUGAUGCAGUUUUACUGAACGAUGUACUUGAUAAACAUAAGGUCCGAAGGAAGAAACUAGUCCAAACGCCAGACCAAUUUUUAAGUGUGUAGAAAGCUACAUGUACUUUUAAAACAUUGAUGAGUUUGAGUAAAGCUUUCUUGGCUACGACAGCGACCAUGUCGAGAAAUUGAACCUUAAAUUAAAGGACAAUGGGCAACAAAAAAAUUUAUUAUCUCAUGCAUAUGAAAUACCGUUUAAAAUUAUCUAUAAAAUCUUGUUACAGAUUUUUCAUAUCAAGCUCAACUUUUGAAAUAUUUUGACUGAAAGCAAUGAGCUGUCCGCCAUCUUGGAUUGAUCUUAACCUCAUUAACUAUCGUUUUGAAUACGUCAGGAGUGGCGUUAGCCUUGCAAAAUAACUUUUAAGUUACUGAGCAACAGUCAAAUAUUUUUUUAAAUGUUUUUGUUCAAAUACAAAAUAAUUGAAAUGGGAAUAAAAAACGCGAGUUUUGGGUUCAUAUUGAUCAAGAUAAUUAAGUUGUACUCUUUGAUAUUUAUCAGUUUCUUGUUUCUUUUCCAAGAUCCACCUCACGGUGAAGAUUUCGAAGUGGUUGAUGAAGGUCUGGUAUAUGGCACUGACCUAGUGAAGCAUAUUAGACAAGAGUUUGGAGAAUCCUUUACGAUUUGUGUUGCCGGUUAGUAGCUUUUCACAAUAUAUUUGAUUAAUUUGUAUAUAUAGGGCAAAUGAUAACUUUCACGCAUAUUGUGUACACAAUCAUUCAAGUAUAUUAUUCUACACUACGUACGUGGUAUUAUGGAAUACAUGUAGUGCGCUUUAAUAAUGAAAAUGACUUGUUAACAUUUUGCCGUUAUUUGUUAUAUGCAUGCUUUAACAUUUUGCCAUGCAUGGUUGUAGACUGUAUACAGUAUGACGUCAUAACGUAGCAAGAAAUGUUGAAGUUGUGCUCUGACAAUUCUGCAUCUAUAAUUGAAUGAACAAACAGCAAUGUGUUAUCCAUAUUUGUUUCAUAUUAAUAGUAAUUGGGUGGAAAUAACUCUGGGACCGCAUUGGAAAUGAGAAACAUUUCUGUGUGGUCUUGCGACAGUUCAUAAUUGUAUCGUAUAAAUGUUUAACUCUAUAACAAAGCGUAUUCGACUGGAUUAAAGACACCAUUUAUACCAGCUUCUUCUACACUGGAACCUCACAGUCGAAAGUAUUUUCAUGCGGCUCUGUGAACGGGGAAAUAUCUGCUACUCACGCGUGACUUUGUUUGGUUCUCCGUUUACAGAUUGCAUGGCUGAUAGCAACACCUAGUUAUCCGUCGCCCGUAAGUAUUGUGAACAUAAGGGUGGAUUUUGCUUAUAUUUGUAUUUUAUUUUUUUCAGGUUAUCCGCAAGGCCAUCCUGACUGUAGUAGCUAUGAGGAAGAUCUGCUUCACCUCAAGGAGAAGGUUGAUGCUGGUGCUGACUUUAUCAUUACUCAGCUUUUCUUUGAAGUUAAAACCUUCCUCAAGUUUGUUGAAGAUUGUCGUGAGAUUGGGAUUGAUGUACCCAUUAUUCCAGGCGUUAUGCCAAUUCAGGUUUGUUACCGUUGUCUUUUGGACCACUUUGAACACUAUCUUUCAUUGAUAGGAGUUCUUUAUUUUGAAGCGAGAUAGCCAGGGAGCCGAGUUCUUAGUGGCAUGGGCUGCAGAAUUUAGGGAGCCAUGGAGCGACAGUGCCACUAUGUCUUCCAUUAAGGAUUCUGGAGUUACAGCUAGCCAAGUCCAAAAAUCAUGUGAAAGCAAUGGAGCUGUUAUCUUAACCUGGAGCUAUUGGUCAACUAACAACUCUAAUAAUCAUGUAGAGCUGGUUAUCUAAGAAAAUUCAAGUACCUGAAAAAUAAAAGGAGAACUUCGACGUUUCGAGCGAAAGUCCUUAUACAAACUUCCUAACAAAAGGCCUUCGCUCAAAUUCUCAAAACAUCGGAGUUUAGCUUUUCAGGUGGUUACGUCCCUAUAAUUCCGAUGUUUUCUUAGAUAACCAGCGAUAACCUUUCGCGUAUAAACUUGACACUUGCUGGACAUUUCCCUCACGAAUCCCAAACGGCUCAUCACCAAUUCGAAACGUUUCUGUACCAUAUUCAUUUUUCUGUGUCACAUGCAGCACGAAUGCUAUAGAAAAUCAUCUCGGUUUUGAGUCGUAUCCGAAAUCUUUAAUCCAGAAACAAAGUAGAAACUUUGUAUCCAAUACAAUUUGACGUGUAAACGGCUAGCCCGACGAAUUUGUUCUGCUUCCUAUAAAUACUGUCUUCGCUUGUUUAUACCAAUCCAACAACAGCUGAAUUUAUAGAAAAUUUCUGUUAUUCAUCUUUUGUAAAGUGUCGCAUCCCAAAACCUGUUUUCUUAGUGUAAAUGGUAACAUACACAAGUUCCGCUGUAUUAUUGAAUUACUUCAUCAAUCUUAUAGAGUUACGAUUCUCUCCGACAUUUGGUUAAACUAUCAAAACUCAGUAUACCUCAAGAGAUCCUUGAUGCAAUCCAACCAAUCAAGGACGACGACUUGGCCAUUCGUAACUAUGGCGUAGACUAUACCGUAAAGAUGGUGAACGAACUAUUAUCCAGUGGUGUACCUGGCGUUCACUUUUAUACUUUGAACCGAGAGGUAGAUAUAUAACUAUAAAGAUGAUUAGAUAAAAACUUUUUAUUAUGUACCAGGUGACAAAGUUAUGUUUUCUAAUUGGAUCUCGUUGGACGAGAGUUGCAUAUUUCCUGAGCCGUGAAUAUUAUAUACUUUUAUACUCAUACCGGUGAAUUAUAAAAUCGUCGAGUUAUUCAGCAAAAAUUAUGGAAGUUCCCCGUUUCUUUUUGCUUUUUUUUUUGUUUUGUUUGACACUUGGUAUAUUAAUAACUUACUGACCGAGAGUGAGGGCAGUAUGGGAAAAUAUCAAACCGAGGACUUGCUCAUGUAUUGACCGAGCGAUAGCGAGGUCAAUACACCAAGACCGAGGUUGGAUAUUUUCCCGCACUGCCCGAACGGUCCGUAAGUUUUUUAUUAUACGUCAUUGUACGUUUGUAAAAGUAUGGGGAAAAAAGGUCACGCGAGGGCAAAGUACAAAGUCCGAAACAUUUGCAAAGAAAACAAUUGUAAAAAAAUGUUCUCUUGCUUAGUAAAAUUACUCUGCAGGACUUUUUAUAGAAUGUAACACAGUUUGGAUAGUAUUUCAAGAAAAAUACGAGGUAUUUCGUUAUUUAAUCAAAGACAACAAAUAUGAAAACAUGCAACCAUACUGUAUUAAUAAACAGCAUCAACAAGUACAUUUUUAGUUCGCUUCAUCUCGUAUAUUUAGUCUUUUUUAUCUAACAAAAGCAGAAAUUUAUAAGAAAAAUAUAAAUCUGUAGCUGCUUAAGUUGUAUUUUUUAUUUGGACGGUGUCAGAUUCCUCCUGGCCAUCUAGCUGCAAAUAAAAUUUGCAGCUCUUCACAUAAUCAAAACACAACUAUUCUUGAUCGCUUUAAUAGUUAAACACAUUGUAAAAUUUACCUUGUAAAUUCCACUUUCGCUAACAAAAACGUGUUGAGAAAGUUCUUAACCAUGCACAGCAGUUGCUAACCACAGUUGCUGUUUUUCUUUAUUUGAAGUUUAUUUUUCUUCGUUUUAAAUAGUUUGAAAGACUUUUUAGACACUUUCUGCCGUUUGAAACUCGGCUCUCGUCGCAGGACAACAUUGCCCGUGGGCAAUACGCGAAAAUCCUGCCUCGUCAGCAGCCAAUCAAAUUGCGCGAUUCAUCAAAACAAAUGCUUGCCAUAUAAUAAAAUAUAAUACUUACUGCGACUUUCAGGAAACAGUAUGAUUUGUGGACAAUUUAUUCGACCAUCCAAAAAUAAACAUCUUGGCAAGCUAUAUAUUUCGAGAUUUUAUGAUAUGAUUUUUGAACAUUAGUUACUGUAAUAUAGAAAAUAUCGACAGGUAUAAAUGCUUUUGAAUUUCAAGGAGUUUUACAAUCGAAAUGCGAAUAAUGUUGAAAAGGAAUGUGUUUUGUGUCUUAGGUUUAUUAAAAGCAGUUUAACAUUUUGAAUGAUGGUUUUUAAUGUGAUGUGAGCAUAUACGGACAACAUGCAAUUUUGAAACAAAUCAUUAAAUUUUCAAAUACUUUUGUGAAUAUCUGUAUUACAAGGCUGGAGUUUCGUACAUUCUAUAUCCUAACUGAAUCUAAACGCUUCCUAGAUACAGCGAGGACGAGUUGAUUGACUAUUGUCCGAGUCAAAUUUAACAUCAAAAGAGCCAGGAUCGACGAGUAAGAUUAUGUAAAUAUCUUCGCAAUUUAUUGUCAUUGUAGGUUGCUACGACAGACGUUUUGAAACAGACUAAUUUGUGGUCAUUGGAGCCAUUGUACGCGCGUUCGUUACCUUGGAAACCAUCGGCAAAUGUUAAGCGAAUCAAAGAAGAAGUUCGUCCAAUAUUUUGGGCUUCCCGAGCGAAGAGUUACGUACACCGCACAUCCGAGUGGGAUGAAUUUCCAAAUAGUCGAUGGGGAGACUCUGCGGCAGCUUCGUUUGGUGAUCUCAGCGACUACCAUUUGUUUUACUUACGAAACAGAACGAAGAAAGCAACAUUGUUAAAAAUGUGGGGUGAAGAAUUGACGUCUGUUCAAGAUGUAUAUGAUGUGUUUGUGUGCUACAUCAGUGCAGAGAAAAAUGCCAAUGGAACAAAGGUAGUUUCUACAAAUCAUUCACUCAUUUUGUUAAAAAAAUACCCUGUCUUCUAUUUCUGUAAAACUUUCGAUCCAGGUUCGCCAGAAUAUUCAUCAGUAAAAAAUAACUUCAUCAAAACUUACGAUUCAGAGCCUUGCAAAAUACGAUGUUUCUAAACGCGGUGUUUCCUACAAAACAAAACAAUUUUUAUCACUACGUCGAUCAAUGAAUUAUAGAAUGAUUGGAUUGGAAGAAAUUAUUGCGGGCAGUUGUUAGUGUUUAUCUUACCCAAAAUAAAAAAAUAACGAUAGAUUGUGUUACCCAUUUCCAAGAAAGUCAGAAAAAAUAAGCAAGGAUUUUCAGAACUAUCGAUCUACUUGGCCUAUACAUAAUGCCAAGUAGAUCGAUACCGAGCCUGAGGCGCGCGAAUAAUUGUUUUUGUAGUUUUACACAAGUCUUUUCUGUUUUUGGGCCUGAAUUUGUUUUAAUUUCGCUUAUUUCUUUAUCAGUAACUUCCAGAAAACGGCAAGCCGCCAUUUUGAAAAUUUCGGUUUUUGUUAUACGUCAAAUUUGACCAAUCAACGUGUAGGAUUUGUUAUGUUCACUUGUGCAAAAAUACUAAUAUAGGUAAUAUUAUCAUUUAUGCAAUACCACUACAACAAUGACUAUACAAGUAGAUAAUAAUAACUAAAAUUAAUGCGUAAAAAUAUUAACAUGGUCAGCUGGGACAUGCAGGCGUGAUAUUAUAUUUUUUCCACAUGUAAAUAUUUUGAUCCCGACUACUUCCAGUGAAGGCGUGCUAAUAUUUUCUGUGGGUCUGUAGCUCCAAUAAAUCCACUCAUGCAAUUCUAUAAGUACUUUUCUUGUAUUGUUUUAUUCCUAAGGUGACCAUGCUACCCUGGAAUGAAGACGAGUUAGCGCCGGAGACGUCGCAGGUUUCUGAAGAUCUUGUUGAAUUGAAUCGCACUGGAGUGUUGACAAUCAACAGUCAACCACACGUGAAUGCUGCAAAGUCAACUGACCCAGUCUUUGGUUGGGGUGGAGCUGGUGGAUAUGUUUAUCAAAAGGUAUUGCAUAGUUUGUUGCAUGUGGACUGCAGAUAUGUCGCAAUCAAAAUUGCAAUAUAUUUAGUCGCAUGACGGAAGUUGUCCGUUUUAUACCGUUUUUAUGAUGACACUUGCUGAGGUCCUUCCUUGAUCUACUCUCUUGGAAACCUUUUAUGUAAGACAUGACCUGUACAAAUCUAUCUUUAUUUAUAAAAUCUUUAAAAACCACACCGUGCUCCCAAUUUCAAACAAAAGUUUAUUUCGAAAAGCGAAAAAAUAAUAUAAAAAAUAAUAAGAAAAAGUAAUAUAAAAUCUGUCACUUCCAAUAUACCUAAAGAGAAUUUCUUAAAAAAGUUAAAAUACAGCGAAGUUAUGUUAUGGAAUGUACUUCUGGCUGUUGUUAGACAGGUUCCAUUGAUCUAUGCCUUUAGUAAGCCGUCCAGUUUAGACAAAAUUGAAAGAAUGUAGAAAAAAACGGGUUUUUUAUUAUUAUUUAAGUCUAUGUUUUGAAAUAUUUCGAGUAUUUUUCGAUAGUUUUGAGGUAUAGCGAUGUUUAAUUUGAUUUUUGCUUACCUUACGAAUAAAACUAAUUACUAUUCAGUGAGUGACGUCGCCCAUAAGUAGGCAAUCAGAACUGCAGAAUUAUAUUGUUAUCUAUACACUUAUUACGAGAGGCAUAUUUAAAGGUGAUCUACAGUCCGUAUGUAAACAAAGCCUUUGUUUACAUUUUUGUGUCCAAAAUAUUGAGCUUUAUUCGACAACUAUUUAUAUUUUCAAGCUUCUAGAGUAUAAUAAAUGAUCACGAAACAACAAUUAGGCUUUUCACCUUUAACAACUGAAGGCAAGCGCAAUUUUAUUGAAGAUUUGAAUAUUUUAUCGUCAAAUAGUUGACACGCCUAGCCACUAGACUUCCUAUGAUUGCACAUUACGUCACGGCUUUCAUGUUGGUGCUAUUUCAACGAAAGAGUCUAAUUAUCUUUCAUUGAAUUCGGCACCAACAUGGUGCUCGGUGAACAUCUUUAUGACAUUUUGUAUUUUAUUGUAGGCAUAUCUGGAGUUCUUUACUCGAAAGGAACUUGUGGACAAAUUAUUGAAAGUAUUAGAAACGGAUUUUCCAAGUGUCAGCUAUCAUGUUGUUGAUCAUAAAGUUAGUAUAACUUAUAACAUAACAGUUGUCUUUGGAGUCAUCGAAUUGUUUAAUUAUUAUAAGUAACUUACUUUUAAGUAAGUUAUUUAUAAUAAUUAAAAUGCUUGUCACUUUAUAAUUUGGGCUGCUGUUUUGGAGUUUUUGGAAGGAUGUUCUCAAACAGAUUCAAGACGUUGCAUUGAAUAUUCUCGUGCCGCUGAAGUCAAUAUGUAUAAAAGUGGAAGAGAUAUCUCGGUAAUCUGUUGCACGAGCAAACCAUAGGUGCCCUGAUGGUGGCUCUAAAAUAUCAAGCUUGAAAUAGUGUCCAAAAAUUGUUCUCAAAAUUCAGGCCAAAAUUAAAUUUGAUCUGAAAAUUAAAUUUGAUCUGAAAUUUAAUUAAAUUUGAUUUGAAUUUUUUCAAAUUUGGUCGGACACUUUUUCGAUUUGACUUUGUGUCUAUCCGAUUAAAUUACGUACAGUAUACUGUAAGUAUAGAGAAACUUCUUGUAUGGAAAAAUGCUUUUAAAUUUUGCAAUCUUGUAUUUUUUGAUGGGUGAUCAGACACAGUCUUUGGUUAACCUAUUCUUUCAAGAAAAUAGAUUGCAGGACGAAUUUAGCAUUCGGUCGAAAAAAACUGCAAUUUGGUCGGAAAACGUCGGAUAUCCCAUCGUUAUUUGAGCCCCUGAAAUAGAGUUAAACACUUGAUGUCAACCCUUUCAUUCUGGUUCACUUUGUCUAUAGGGUGAGGUUGAUAUAAUCAGUGAAGAUUUGGCUUCUCCUGUUGCUGUCACGUGGGGAGUAUUUCCUGGCAAAGAAAUUAUUCAACCAACAGUUGUUGAUCCUGUCAGUUUUCAGAUUUGGAAGGUAUACAUAUAUAGAAACUUUAUUUAACCACGCUAGCCUCAGCAACCGUUGAGAGGCUUAUUUCCAUGAGGAAAUGUAAUGUGAAAUGUAACUAUUUACGAGAAAUGACGAAAUAUGAGAAAAGAUAAAAUGAGACUAAAUUACAGUCACAAUUAAGGUGAUUCUUAAUGAAAUCUAUAUAUAAUAACGAUUUGAAAGAGCUUAAGGGGCCUCAUGGGGAAGGUUAUUCCAAUGCAACGCACCAUUAUAACUGAAGCACCUCUUGCCGAAUUCUCUUUUCGGCAUAGGUGGCGCUAAAUCAGUAUCCCUAUUUCUGAGAUUGUGUGUAUUGUCUUUCAUUAUUAAAUUGAAAUGCUUCUUUAAGAUUGGGUGCGGUGUGGCCAUUCAAAAUUUUAUGGAUGAACGGAGUGAACAAGAUAAAUGAAGAGAAAAAAACUAUUAAAACAUCAUAAUGUAAAUUUAAGAUGCGGAUGACUCAGCCUGAAGUGGAUAACAUUAAGAAAAAUAUAAAGCAUUUUCCGCAUUUCUAUAUAGUUAUAAGAAACACGUGUGGGAGUUUGGAAGAACGAGAACUAUAACCAGUGGGAAAACGAGCUCCAAGGGCGAGUUUCCCCACGUUAUUUCGAGUUCUCCGAAACUACCAGAAGUGUUUCUGUAUAGUGUAUAUGGAAACGCAGGAAAAGUUUUUUCUAUUAAUAUAAUUAAUAUCCCUUUAAUAUAAUUAUUUAUUUUUAAAAUUUUUAUUUAUAAUUAUUUAAUUAUUAUAUAUUUCCCUUUAAUAUAAUUAUUUAAUUUCCAUUGCCAUAUCCCUUAACUUUUUUAAAGAAAAGAUUUUAGCCGAAUUUCACGAUUAAUUUACAAAUUCGCAUGAUACUUCUGGAUAAAGACCACUUGAUCGGUUGCCCAACCUUUGUUCGUCAAUGUCAAGUCUUUGUCGUCUUCUUUAUUUAAACUGAGAAUACCCUUUUUGUCUUGUGGAGUAUUUUUUCGAGUACAGCGCAUAUAUUAAAGUGGUUUUGCUUACGGCAAAUUUCCCGUGUUUCCAUGCAUGUAUUUGUGGAAACACGCUUCUCAACCAAUCAACGGUCGCGUAUUAUAAAAUAAAAUGUUAUUUUAUAACGAUAAACUAAUGAAUGGUUAAAUUAGUUAAUAAAUAAAUUUAAUAUAAUUCAAUAUAGAUUAUUGAUUAAUAAAUUAAUUCAUGCAUUGAUUAAUUUAUUAACAAAUGGAAUUGACAGUUGGAUAUAUAGCAGACUGCUUUAAUAAAUGGAUAUAGUAAUUGAUGUCAUGAGAAUCUAAUAAUUGUUUUACUAGGGAAAUGCGAAGCAUCAUGUGGCGGCAGAGCUAUACAUGCUAAAAUACGAGGAAAACAUUUAAACAUCGCUGCUGAUCAUUAGAGAAAAAUGGCUGAAAUGCAUAUAAGAUGCAAAUGAGGAUGUACACAAAAUGCAUUUUCUUUUAAGCACUCCAAACUAAAACAAUGUAAUAGCUAUAUAUUAGCUGCAAGUUCUUGAAUUUAUGAAUAUGUAAAAAAUACAAAAGUGGAAGUAAGUCAAGAAAAUGCAUGAUAAUGAUAACACUGAUUUGGGUUUCAAACAUCGCUUACCUUAAAACUAUGGAACUGUUCGAGUAUUUUCGAUAGUUUAAAGGCAUACUGUAGCUGACUUUUAAUAUAGGAAUACAUAUACUGUAGGGCGUGGGGUGGGGGAUGUGCUUACUACAUGCAGUGUAUAUUAUUACUAUAUGCAAUGUUUGUUAUCGCUGAUCCAGAACUGCAGAAUUGGAUUGUUCUAUCUGGACAUCUAUUACGUUUUCGCUAUUCUAAGGCACCUGCCUUUACAGUCUUAUAAAAAAUCAAUAUUUUAGUUAAAUUAAUCAAACUUAUAAGAUUGUGAAUAAUGUCGAAGAUAAUAUUGAUAGAAGAUAUCACUCCGUGCGCGUUUACACUGAAGGACCGAUGACCCGAGUGACAAGUACGAAAUGUUUGUUGUAAAUAUACAAUGUAAAACUUAUAUAUAUAAGAAUAAUAGAUUAAAAAUAUUUUAAAACUAGGAUAAAAGUGUAAAUCGUCUGAGGUUAAGAUGAAAACGUCGAGUAAAAUUUCUUUUAAUAUUUUGUUUAUUAUAAAUAACUUUAUUUAAUGCCAGAUGAUUUUGCUAAUUAAGACAAAGUGUUGGGGAUUGACUGGUUUAAUCGUUGCGGAAGACUGUUAAGCUGCACGUGUAAGCUGCAGUUUGAUGACAAAGUUCAAUGACAUUAUCAAUAAAAAUAAAACAAUAUAAACUAUUAAUAGAAACAGUAUUAAAAAAUUAGCAUCUGCAUGUAUUGGAGUGGGCGGUAUAUUAUUCAUUUAAAUAGUUUCAAUGAAAAGUUCAUAGGCUAUAAGUGGAUAAUAGAGAGUUUUAGAUUGACGUUUACGACAAACAUCAAACCGCUAACGAAGUCUGUGAUUUUACAACGCCAGUUUUGAAAUAUAUUAAGCAAUUAUUAAACUUGUGGUAUUUAACAAUGAUUUGAGAAAGCAAUCAACCACUUGUCGUCAAUGUAUUCACGAAAGCAGUAAAUUAAGAUCUGGCGUUUGAAGUUGACCUUUGUAGUCGUUAAAGCAUGAAAUUUUACGCCAAAUGUAAACUUCAAACGCUCAAUCUUAAUUUAUUGUUUUGGUGAAAACAUGACUGGUGGUUAAUUUGUUUUCUUGAAUCAUUGUUAAAUACCACAAGUUUAAUAAUUGUUUAAUAUAUUUUAAAACUAGUAUAAAAGCUGUUAUAAUUGAGUUGUAAAAUCACAAACUUCGUAGCGGUUUGACGUUUGACGUAAACGUCAAUCUAAAACUAUCCAAUACUUUCAUACUUCUCGCAGAUUUUCAAUUUCCAGAAACACCUAUACUUUUUUUUGUUCUUAUAGUACCAUCCAUCAAUGUUUCCAUUUGUUACCUUAUUGGCUAUUAAUCCUAUUAGUACAAUACUUUCGUUAUUUCGCGAUCGUUUGCAAAAAUCCCAGCUGUUGUUUCGACUGCAUGCAAAUAUAUGUAUAUGUCAAUAUAAAAUUGCAAAUAUCACAUUCGAAAUGGGUUAGCCAUGCACCAGACUAAAGAUCUUGAUCAGGCUCGCCCCAAUGGUAUGUCUAAAACACUGAGCAAAAUGUUUUCGUGCUAAACGAAGUUUCAACUUUCAACGAAAUGGAGUUCUUUAGUAAAUUUCGCGUGUUAUGAAACUGACUUGUUGAUGGUGCUGUGGACCAUUAUAGCGCUAGCCAUCCAUUAUAAAGGAAACUUUUGCUUCUGUGAAUAAUGAGAAUCGAGGCAUGAAGCUAUUGGUGUAUUUAAGAAGCUAGGAAGGCUGACCAAUUUCUAUCCGGACAAUGCGUUUUACGUCCCAACAGUAACCAGUAAGGGGCGUGUCAGCAACACCCUUUCAACUCUAAGCGGUAACUGGAAAUAUGUUUUGGCCGUCUUAUUUGAAGCCAUUCAUGAUGGACGUCAUGUGGGUAUGGCGCCGAAAAUACCCAUUACUUGCACUUUAUUUGAGCAAGGAGGAAAGGUCAAAAUAAACAAUACCUAUACUUCAACACGAAACAAGUUUUGGGACCGUCGAAAAGUUUUAAAGUUAUUUUGUUGGGAGUCGAGAAGUGAAGAGUUAUUUUUAGGCUCGUUCAAACUUGUGCAAUAUUUGGAAUAGAAAACUGUUACCCCAGAUGUAUUUUGCACUUGCUGGAUGUAAAAUGCUUAGAACUAUCCAAACUAAAUGCUUAGAACUAUCCAAUUGAAACUUUCUGGUCAUAAAAUUAAUUUUUCGACUUAUUUUGGCUAAAAAUGACAAGGUUUGGAGAGAAUUUAACUCUUUCCAGUCCUCUUCUGAAAGUCAGAGUUUAAACGAAUACAAGGAAAGUCGUACAAAGAUUUUAAAAAGAGCGAAGGCUAACCAAUCACAUGGCUUAUUACCAAAACCACGUAUGCCUCCUCUCGCCCGAAAAAAACGUGUAGUCUUGUUUUGCGUCAAAACAUUCAGGAAUGUGACUACAGUCCUACGCCUUCUUACUGCUAAAAUCUCAAACGAAUGUAGCUAAUUUGGGCACAUUUUCCCGCAAACCAAUCAGAUGUCGCAAUAUUCAAAUUGGCGAUUUCACGACUUUAUAGGAAUGUAGUCGCAUUCCUCGAUUUUUGAUACGAAAACGUGACACAGUUUAACUUGCCAUAAACGAAUACUUGCAAUAGUCACCUUUAAACUUAUUUAAAACAGUAACCCUUUCAAGGGAUCUGCUUUGAAUGGGUCUGUUUUGAAACAAUAUUACAGCUACAAUUUGUAAAUUAACAGCGAAAACUAAUAUUGAAUAUUUGCGUAUUAGGUUACCGGCAUCGAAAUUGGUAUUAUGUUAAUGCUUCUCUCCAAAUUACAGCAAUAAUCGUAAUUAUCUUUGAUGGAAUUAAGACACCUUCAAUAGGAAGCCUAUUUCGGGAUACAGUUCCACUGUACAAAAUCAUGCAUGCCUAUUCGCUUUUGUCAAGAAAUUUAAUUUGGGCAAUUCAACGUUUUACCUGAAAUGGCUAAAAAUUGCACUUUCUUUUGAAGUACGCGAAUUGACCACACAACAUGACCAGCGAUCCAAGGAUUUGUUUGGUCAAUACUCAGUUCUGACCGGACAAUGUCGGAUGACCGGCCGUUAUUUCAAACUCUGUGGCACUGGUACAUUUGUGUAUAGCAUAUGUACUAUCCAGUCGGGUUUUUUUUUGAGAUUAGUGUCGCUCGCAUGCCAAGUUCUGCAGCUAUACUAACACAAACUUCCUUAUUUCAGGAAGAAGCAUUCGCUCUAUGGCAACAACAAUGGGCAAGGUUAUAUCCAGAGGGAUCCAAAUCGCGUGAAAUUAUUGACACAAUUCACGACAACUACCUGUUGGUCAACUUGGUCGAUAACGAUUAUGUCGCUGGGAAUUGUUUGUUUGAAGCAAUAAAGAAAGCUGUUGAACUGGUAGACACGAAGGAACAAACCGAUCCAUCCGUCGUAACCGAAGAUGAUGGUAUUAACUCUGGCUAGACCAGUAAAGCUUGUUGUCUUCAUCGGAAUAUAAAUAAUAUGCUUGCGCUCAAAGAAAUUCGAUUCACUUGUUGGAAUACUAUAUUAUUCUCGCCAGGCUCAGCCGUUACGCUAUAUCGAGUAUCGACCUACAAUGUGGACUGUACUUCUCCAAUAUACCGUAGUGUAUUUGCGAAAGACUUCUGACGAUGUCCAUCAGAUCUACUGAACCAACAUGUCAGUUGUUAGAGGGCUGCGAGGGCUUCACAUAUAUAACUAUAAGUCUUGCUAUAUUAUAUAAUACCUCUCA